UGGAGUUGUAAAGAACAAUAUUUCGUUGCAGCGGUGUGAUGGUUUUUAAUAUUUAGUGUAUUAUCUUGUGCUAUAAGAAUUCUACAAAAAUUUUAAAAGUACAUUUUUAUAAGAAGAAAUAAUUAUACACAUGCUUGAGUUGGAUUCAUUACGAUAAGAAAUAUCGCGAGUGCUGUAAAUUGUGCUGGUGUGUCAAGCUAGAGCUCCGCUGGGCAGCAGAAAUAAAUUUCACUGCCAACAACUAAAAAAAAAUUAUUAAAAAGUGGUUAUCAGGUGGACGCCUAACAAGUGCAAAAUAUUUUUCAUGCAUUCACCAAUGUACUAAAUGAAUUCUAACUGAAAUCUGUAUAUUUAAUUAUAUUAUACAAUAAUGAAUGCCUUUGAUUUGACGACAGCGCUGCUUUGUUGUGGAAUUUUUUUCAUAAGCUGCAACAUACGGAAUGUUACUGCAGAUUCCUAUAACGACUACUUCUCUGAUUACGAUUGUAAUCAACCACUUAUGGAGCAUGCUGUUCUUACGGCCACUUCAUCUUUGAACGAUAGAGGUCCGGAGAAGGCGCGCCUUAAUGGCGACUCCGCUUGGACACCGAUCGAUAAUACUUACAAUCACUUUCUAACACUCGAUCUGGGUGAAGCACGCAAGACACGCAAAAUCGCCACAAUGGGCCGUAAGCAUACGCAAGAAUUUGUUACCGAGUAUAUUGUGCAGUAUUCGGAUGAUGGCGAAUACUGGCGCUCGUAUGUGAAUCCCUCGAAUGAGCCGCAGAUGUUCAAGGGUAACUCCGAUGGCAAUUCCAUACACUACAAUGUGUUCGAGGUGCCCAUAAUUGCCCAGUGGGUGCGCAUCAAUCCAACACGCUGGCAUGAUCGCAUCUCAAUGCGCGUGGAACUCUAUGGCUGCGAUUAUGUUGCGGAGAACUUGUACUUCAACGGCACCGGCCUAGUCACCUAUGAUUUGCAGUAUGAGCCAGUGGCGUCCACCCGUGAAUCCAUACGUUUCCGUUUCAAAACCGCUUUCGCCAAUGGUCUGCUUAUGUACUCGCGCGGCACACAGGGCGACUAUUUCGCUUUGCAGCUGAAGGAUAAUAAAAUGAUAUUGAAUCUCGAUUUGGGCAGCAGCUUGAUGACUUCGCUCUCCGUGGGCAGUCUGUUGGACGACAAUGUGUGGCACGAUGUGGUCAUUUCGCGCAACCGCCGUGAUAUCAUAUUCUCGGUGGAUCGUGUCAUAGUACGCGGCCGCAUUAAGGGCGAAUUCACGCGCUUGAAUUUGAAUCGUGCGCUCUACCUCGGUGGUGUACCCAAUAUUCAAGAAGGCAUUAUUGUAACGCAAAAUUUCACCGGCUGCAUGGAAAACAUAUUCAUCAAUUCGACAAAUUUCGUACGCGCGAUGAAAGACAGUUUUGAAUAUGGAGACGCGUACCGUUAUACAAAAUACCACACCGUUUACGCCUGCCCCUCGCCACCCAUUUACCCGGUUACGUUCACCACACGCGGCUCAUAUGUGCGCAUCAAGGGCUAUGAAGCGCAAAGCACUAUGAAUGUUUCCUUCUUUUUCCGCACUUACGAGGAUAGAGGCAUAAUGCUGCAUCAUGAUUUCGCCUCGGGCGGCUAUGUGCGUGUGUUCUUGGAAUUUGGCAAGGUGAAAAUCGAUAUGAAACUCGCCGAUAAGCCACGCAUCAUACUGGACAACUACGAUGAACAAUUCAACGAUGGCAAAUGGCAUUCGUUUGUGUUGACAAUUGGGCGUAAUCGUUUGGUGCUCGACAUCGACCAACGGCCGAUGACCACAACGAAGAACAUACAAAUAUCGACGGGCAAAGUUUACUACAUUGCUGGCGGCGUGGAUAAGAAUGGUUUUGUGGGCUGCAUGCGCAUGAUAUUGGUCGAUGGCAAUUAUAAGUUGCCCAAGGAUUGGGUACAGGGCGAAGAGGUGUGUUGCGGUGACGAGGUGGUGGUGGACGCCUGCCAAAUGAUUGAUCGUUGCAAUCCAAAUCCAUGCCAGCACAGUGGCGUUUGCCACCAGAAUUCGAUGGAGUUCUUCUGCGACUGUGCCAACACGGGCUAUGCGGGCGCUGUGUGUCACACGUCUAAUAAUCCACUUUCGUGCCAGGCCUACAAGAAUGUGGGUCAUGUGAAUCAGCGCGUUAAUUUGAAAAUUGACGUUGACGGCAGUGGUCCAUUGGAGCCCUUCCCCGUUACUUGCGAGUUCUAUUCCGAUGGUCGCGUCAUUACCACACUCAGUCACAGUCAAGAGCACACAACCACUGUGGAUGGCUUCCAAGAGCCAGGCUCCUUCGAACAGAAUAUCAUGUAUGAUGCCAAUAUGCUGCAAAUUGAGGCGCUGCUGAAUCGCUCACACACCUGCUGGCAGCGUUUGAGCUACGCAUGCCGUUCAUCGCGUCUCUUCAAUUCGCCUUCUGAGGCCGGCAAUUUCCGUCCCUUCUCUUGGUGGGUUUCGCGCCACAAUCAACCCAUGGACUAUUGGGCUGGCGCACUGCCCGGUUCGCGUAAAUGUGAGUGCGGAAUUUUGGGCAAAUGUCACGAUCCAACCAAAUGGUGCAACUGCGAUUCCAAUAGUCUCGAAUGGACUGAGGAUGGCGGCGACAUACGUGAAAAGGAGCAUUUGCCGGUGCGCGCGGUGAAAUUCGGCGACACAGGCACACCGCUCGAUGAGAAACAAGGGCGUUACACUUUGGGUUCGCUGCGUUGCGAAGGCGAUGAUCUGUUCACCAAUGUGGUGACAUUCCGCAUUGCCGAUGCCACCAUUAAUUUGCCGCCAUUCGAUAUGGGCCAUUCGGGUGAUAUUUACUUAGAGUUCAAGACGACACAAGAAAACGCUGUACUCUUCCAUGCAACUGGACCGACUGAUUACAUCAAAUUGAGCAUAAACGGUGGCAACAAAUUACAAUUCCAAUAUCAAGCGGGCAGCGGACCACUAGGCGUAAAUGUCGGCACAAGCUAUCAUUUGAACGACAAUCAGUGGCACACAGUGAGCGUGGAGCGCAAUCGCAAGGAAGCGCGUCUCGUCGUUGACGGCUCCAUCAAAGCGGAGGUGCGUGAGCCACCAGGUCCUGUACGCGCCUUACAUCUCACAUCCGAUUUGGUUAUUGGCGCUACGACCGAGUAUCGUGACGGCUAUGUUGGUUGCAUACGCGCUUUGUUGCUCAACGGUAAAAUGGUGGAUCUGAAACAGUAUGCCCUGCGUGGUCUCUACGGCGUGAGCGCUGACUGUGUGGGCCGUUGCGAGUCCAGUCCCUGUCUAAAUAAUGGCACGUGUAUUGAGCGUUACGAUGGCUACUCGUGUGACUGCCGUUGGAGCGCAUUCAAGGGCCCAAUAUGUGCUGAUGAAAUUGGCGUCAACUUGCGCACAAGCUCGAUUAUACGCUAUGAGUUUGAGGGCUCCUUCCGUUCGACGAUUGCUGAAAAUAUACGCGUUGGAUUUACAACAACAAUACCCAAAGGUUUUCUGCUCGGUUUAUCGUCAAAUUUGACUGGUGAAUAUUUGACAAUACAAAUAUCGAAUUCAGGUCAUUUGCGUUGUGUUUUCGAUUUCGGUUUUGAGCGUCAGGAGAUAAUUUUCCCCAAGAAACAUUUCGGUUUAGGUCAAUACCACGAUGUGCGGUUCUCACGUAAAAAUGGCGGCUCCACGGUGGUGCUAACAGUGGACAACUACGAGCCAGUCGAAUAUAAUUUCGAUAUAAAAGCCAGCGCGGAUGCACAAUUCAACAACAUACAGUACAUGUACAUAGGCAAAAAUGAAUCGAUGACAGACGGUUUUGUGGGCUGCGUGUCGCGUGUGCAAUUCGAUGAUAUCUACCCGCUGAAACUGAUGUUCCAACAGAAUCCACCAGCUAACGUGAAAUCACUGGGCACUCAAUUGACUGAAGACUUUUGCGGCGUGGAACCCGUUACACAUCCGCCCAUCGAAAUUGAAACUCGUCCACCACCACUUGUCGAUGAGGAUAAAUUGCGCAAAGCGUAUGGCGGCUUCUCUAUUGUACUAGGCUUCAUUUUGGUCAUACUACUGCUGCUAUUGCUGCUCAUGAUCUUCUUAAUUGGCCGCUACGUACACCGCCAUAAAGGCGAUUAUCUGACACACGAAGAUGAGGGCGCCAACAAUGCCGAUGACCCGGACGAGGCCGUUUUGCACUCGAGAACUGGCCAUCAAGUGACAAAACGGAAAGAGUGGUUCAUAUAGUUCGGCAUGCAGCACAUAGGCAAUUGGAGCACGUAGUCGACGCGGUAGCUACAACUCUACACAGCCUGCUGCAACUUUGCAAUCACAACUAUACAACGCACGUAAGCGUACGCACCCACACACACACAUACUUACACGUAUAGAAAGGAGAAACUGUUCAUUGUGGUUUUCAAAAGCAAAUCGAUGAAUUAGCGUAGCAUAAAAUGUAUUUUACACAUAAUAAUUAUGUAAUUAUAUUAAGCAUGACAUGACAAACGGCGACGCAGACGUUUAGCCAUAGAGAAGUAUAACGAAAUGCGUGUGAAAAUUGAAAACGAAACUAAGUGGUUUUAGCAGUCCAUAAAAAAACUUUGGCUAAAAAGAAAGUAAUAUUCUUUAAGUGAACAAGACGAUGCUUUUAACUGUACACGAAAAUCAAUAUAUGACGAUCAAAAGUAAAUCACAGAAAAUUAAGCGAAAUUAAAGUGUAAACAUUUCUCAUUGGACGUUGCGUGUCACACUGCCAAUUUUGAAAUAAGCGAAGACCAGUUGGAAGUGGUACAAUAUUCAGCAGGGUCUUAGACGUCGCGGCAUUCCUAAAAAGUCAAGUGUUCUUAUCUACACAAAGUAAAAGAAAAAACAAUAGGCAUAUACCAUAUACAAAUAUUGCCAAAAAGUAGACCCACUUACUUUUGCUUCCAACUGGAUGUAAUCAAUUUUUUGUCGUAUUUUUUUUUUGCUGAUUUUUUCGCAUUAUGCUCGCUUGCUAACAUUUAGUUCGUCGUUUGGUUUUACGUUUUUAAUAGGUAUUUCUUAAUUUUUUUUUUUUUUUUUUUUUUUUUUUUUCAAAAUAACCUUUUAUAGAUUAGUUUUUGAAAAAGAACUCAAACCAUAGGCAUCUCAAAAGUAAAUUUAUACCGUCCAUUUUCUUUAUUUUAAGUUUUUUUUAGUAAUAUAAUUUUUUAAAUUUAAUUUGCGUGAAAAAA